GUUGCUGCAUCAUUCAACAUGUCCUUCAGCAUCAAUGAAACCUUUAAUGACAAUCUGUCCAAUAGCAGCUCUGAUCAGUUUAAAGCACAAGCCGACAAAAUCACAGUGCAGCUUGAACGACUUUACAAGAGACUUUUCAGAAACUUCCUCCGCAUGAUCAUUCGGGCAUUCCGGAAAGGCUCCAUUGUGGCUGAUAUCACACUUGAGUUUAGUUCGAGUAACAGUAGCACUAACGCAACCCAACUGAGUAACACCCUUGCUCAAGCAGUUAGAGAUGGAAAUGUGACCCUUGCUAUUGAUACAAACUCCAUCAAUGUCACCCAGAAUCCAGUCUCAACCUCAUCAGAUACAACUACACCUGCAGUCAGUGCCGCUACAACUCAGGCUUCAACUGUUGCAACUUCAGCCUCAACUCAAAAUGCAUCUUCAGCCUCGACUCAGAAUGCAACUUCAGCCUCAACUCAAAAUGCAACUUCAGCCUCAACUCAAAAUGCAACUGCAAGUGCAUCAACCACCGCAACUGUAGUUGCUGCAACAUUCAACGUGUCCUUCAGAAUCAAUGAAAACUUUGAUACAAAUCUGUCCAAUAGCAGCUCUGAUCAGUUUAAAGCAAAAGCUAGCAACAUCACCUCUCAGUUUGGAGUAGUUUUCAAGAGAAUCUUCAAAAGCUUCAUCCGCAUGUUCAUUCGGAGUUUCAGGAGUGGCUCCAUUGUGGCUGAUUCCGCAGUUGAGUUUAGUACUAAUGAAACUACUGCAGAACAACUGAAAAACACCAUCAUUGCGGCCAUAAGAAACGGAAGUUUUACCUUUGCUAUUGAUGAGACCUCUGUUGCCGUGAGUUCAGGUAUUUCCGUGGCACCCGGAAUGAUCUGCUUGCUUCCUGUGCUACUGAUGUCCCUUCUAUCGCGUUUGCUUUAGGUUGCACUGCACUUCUAAACACAAUUCAGUGUUGUGUCAGAAUAAAUACACAUUAUCUAUGUUUUUCUAGCUCAUAAUAAAUAAACAAGAUGUUUUAUUUGAAGCUGGGAAUUAUCAAAUGAGUGAUAACAAAAUUACAUUAUAAAAGGGAAUCCAUUCUUUGUUAUAAAUACAGGGUGUCCGUUUAUGUUUGAAGUAUAUUCUACUCUUCUUUUGUUCUAAUGUAAUUGGAAAUUUAAUG